CCAACAACAAGAAGAGGGCACUUCCGGGUUGAGGAUGUAGCUGUCAUUCCCGUAUAACACUCACUACCUUCUUGUUUUUGGCUGUGAAUCGCUUGGUCAGCGGCUUUAUUUUAUUCGCUCGCAAAAACACUGCACGCGCGUUGGAGAAACACGCCAAACAUUUCACUCAGUGUUUUCAUUUUUUUAAUAGUUGUUUGCUUGGCGUGCGCCGUAGUAGCAAUGUUAGCUAGCUAGCUUUGUGCUGCUGAUGUUGUAUGUCACUCGGCUGCCGUAAAGGUUUGCUAUUAUUAUUAUUAUUAUUAUUUUAUUCUUGUCAUGAGUGAAGGGGAAGUGUUCCACGAGAAGCAGCGUCUGGAGCUGUGCGCCAUCCAUGCGCUCAACAACGUGCUCCAGGAGCGGGUGUUCACCAAGGAGACGGCCGACGACAUCUGCAAACGGCUGGCUCCACAGUGUGUGGUCAACCCCCAUCGCUCUGUGUUAGGCACUGGCAACUAUGACGUUAACGUCAUCAUGGCUGCCCUACAGAGCAGGGAGCUGGCAGCCGUGUGGUGGGACAAACGCAGGACGGUCGCGAGCCUUUGCAUCUCCAAGGUGCAGGGCUUCAUCCUCAACGUCCCUUCAUGCGUGUCGCUCGGAAUCCUGUCCCUGCCGCUGCCGCGGCGGCGCCACUGGCUCGCCGUCCGACAAGUCAACGGGCAGUAUUACAACCUGGACUCGAAGCUCAAGAGUCCCGUGUGUAUCGGAGGGGAGGCGGAACUACAGAGGUUUCUGAGCGAGCAGCUCUCUCAGGACGUGGCUGAGAUGCUCCUGGUGGUGCGGCGGGAGGUGGAGGAGGACGGCUCCUGGCUGAACCCCGACCCCGCCGGUGACGGGGCCAACAGUACGGUGUGAGAGCAAAACUAAGGACUUUUUUUCUUUUUUUAAACACCUCAUGGCAGAAAAGUCUUCAGGGAACAAAACAUUUAAUGACCACACACGAGCCAAAGAGAAGCUUGUACGGAAAGCUGGUUGAAUGUAUCCAUCUUAAGGUCCAUGUACUAGUACGGUCUUGGUCCUCACUAGUAAGACAAUGUGUCACACUAGUAGACUAGACAAGACUGUGCCUUGCUAGUAAUGUUUUUGUCCACUCCUGCUUUCCACUACUGUCUGACAUUUCAGCACACUCGUAGGUCAACAAAAUUUUACUACUCAGGCAAAACUGCACUAGUUGAGAUCCGCAUGCUACUAGUGAAGAACUAGAUGUUUACUAGUAAAAUUUUAUAAUGCCAAUAGUAAUAUCAAAAGUAGACAGUUGUUAAUUAGUGCUCAGUUUUGUCUCACUAGUAGUCGUAAAGUUUUUUUGUCUGCUACUAGACUAGCCACUUUUGGCCUACUAGUAUGCAAUAAACCUCAUACAAACCUUAACAGACCUUAAUUACUGUGCUGCACUAGCAACACUUAACAAGUAGAAGGCAUGUGGCAUGCACUAGUAGCCUCCCUUUCAGCGAUAUUGAAUAAAUGGCUUUCCUUUGGUAGCAUUUAUUUGAUAGCCUUAAUAUUCAGCUCAUGGCCCAUAUACUAGUACACACUGUCCUAACUAGUAGGACAACUUUGGCAUACUAGGACAAUUACAAGUUGCUAGUGCGCUAGUUGACAUCUGCAUGAUGAUAGAUGUUAAUUAGUAGAGUGAUAAUGUCAAUAGUAGGAAAGCAUUGGCAUACUAGUCAUAGAACUAUGUUUCUCGUGAGGCAAUACUGUGGACUAGUUGACAUCUGUGUGCUACUAACAAACUAUUUGUUAAAUAGUGUAAUAAUAGUCUUUAAUGGCACUAGUAGCACAGAGUUGUCAACUAGCUCAAUUUUUUUGCCUCAGUUGUAACAUGUAGUUGUCCUACUAGUAUGCCAAAGUUGUCCUUGAUAAGGAGGCUACUUGUGUGUGACACAUGCCCAAUAGUUGGAUGUAGUAAUAUUACUCAUGCCGUACAGUUGAGUUUAGCAGUAAGGCUUUAUCACACACUAGUAGGCCAAAAGUGGCACUAGUAGUGGAUAAAAAAACUAACAAGUAAGACUCAGGCGUCCUACUAGUGUGCUAAAGUGUCUUACUAGUUAGGAUGAAGAGUGUACUAGCACAUGGACCUCAAGAUGGAUAUCAAGGGCGUCCACUAAAUUCUCAACCCGGGUUUCCAUCAGCUUGUACACUCGUGACAUGACGUGACUAUCCGAUGAUUGUAACUUU